CGUCACUGUCCGUCGGCGUAUGAGUGACGUCGGGACGUCGGUCGGAUGUAGCGCGGCAGGACUCCACUAGCCCAAGCUAACAGCCAGCGAGCCGAAGUUCACACAAACCCUCCCCGAGUGCUGUCUUGCUGCUCUGCCAAUCUUUGUGUUGGUGAACAGAUCCAGCUGAAUGGAAUUACACCAGUCUGUUUGUGAAUGAGGGGACGCUUGGCCCCAGUGAUGCACCAUGGGCUACGACGUGACGAGGUUCCAAGGGGAGGUGGAUGAAGACCUACUGUGUCCAAUAUGUAGCGGUGUUCUUGAAGAACCAGUGCAGGCCCCCCACUGUGAGCACGCUUUCUGCAAUGCCUGCAUCACACAGUGGUUUGCCCAGCAGCAGAUCUGUCCCGUGGACCGCACUGUGGUGACGCUGGCUCACCUGCGGCCCGUGCCACGCAUCAUGCGCAACAUGCUUUCCAAACUGCAGAUCACCUGUGACAACGCCAGCUUCGGCUGCACGGCUACACUUCGACUGGACCAGCUACAGUCGCACCUGAAGGACUGCGAGCACAAUCCCAAAAGGCCCGUCAACUGUGAAGAGGGAUGUGGCCUGGAGAUGCCCAAAGACGAGCUUCCCAACCAUAACUGCAUAAAACACUUACGAAGUGUCGUCCAGCAGCAGCAGGGCAAAAUUUCAGAUCUGGAGAAAACUGUGGCGGAACACAAACACCAGCUGGGCGAACAAAAACGAGACAUUCAGCUGCUCAAAGCGUACAUGCGAGCCAUCCGUAGUGCUAACCCCAACCUGCAGAAUCUAGAGGAGACCAUUGAGUACAACGAGAUCUUGGAGUGGGUGAACUCCAUGCAGCCCGCCAGGGUGACCCGCUGGGGCGGCAUGAUCUCCACCCCGGAUGCCGUGCUGCAGGCCGUCAUCAAGCGCUCGCUCAUCGACAGCGGGUGCCCGCUGUCCAUCGUGAACGACCUGAUCGAGAACGCCCACGAGCGCAAUUGGCCGCAGGGCCUGGCCUCCCUGGAGACGCGGCAGAUGAACCGCCGCUACUACGAGAACUACGUUGCCAAGCGCAUCCCGGGCAAGCAGGCGGUGGUAGUGAUGGCCUGCGAGAACCAGCACAUGGGAGAGGACAUGAUCCUUGAGCCCGGCCUGGUUAUGAUCUUUGCGCACGGCGUGGAGGAAAUCCUAUAACUGCGCUGAGACCGACCAAGAAAUUUGUCUUUUUAAAAAAAAAAAUGAAAAAAGUGAACUGUGGAUACCUAUGCCUUAAAGGAAGGACAGAUGCUAUCAACCUGGGAGAUGGAGCCCAUAUUAUGACUGAUAUGGUAUUUGGUUUUGACGGUUGUAUGGUUUCUAUUUAGUGCAUUACGUGUACCGAUUGUUCUGCUACUCGCAUUGUAACACGGGAAAACUUUUUCAACAAAUUUGGAUCAUUCUGGGGAAAACGUCCUGCCGCGCAGGUUCGCCACAAACUCGACAUUUUCUGGCACAACGCGAAACCGUCGUCGCACGGUAAGGGAAGUGUUUUAUGAAGUGGUUGGCGCGGUUUGAGCGCAUUGUUAAUCAACCCACUACGGACACGGCUGGCUCACUGGCUACUAGCAUCUUUUUCAUGGCGCGCGCGUACUGCCGCCCAGCUGACCGUAUCCCCACAAUAAUUGUAUCAAUGCGUUGGUACCUCACGUGUAAAUGUUUGUAAAUACAAAUGCUAUAUCGACUUAUAGAUGUCAUUUUUUUCCUUGUUCUGAUUCCGUAUUUCCCCAGAGUUUUUUUUUUUUUUUUUUUUUUUUUUGGGGGGGGGAGGGGGGCAUUUGUGUCAUUGAUGAGCUUUUUGCUGUCUUUAAGUUAAUUGCUCCACUGUGAAUAUUCCACCAAGAUCAUUUUUCUGUGCCAUUUAGUUUUAUUUAUUCCGUUGCCUUUUACAUGCUCACGCACGCACACAGACAAAAAACUUGAAGUUGAAAUUUGCCUUUUUCGGUGCAUUUGAAGUUUGUCGCAGGAACGAAUCAUUUUGUUGUUUUUGCGUUGCCUUUUUUUGGUGUGCCGGCUCCAGAUGUGAAGUGACGUCCAAGUUCAAGUUUGACGUGCGUGGGAUUGAUGUGAUGACCGCAAUGGUUGCCUUCCUACAGUAUGUUUAUUUUGUCCAGGUUUCGACUGCGUUAAGCAAGUAUCUCUCUAACUAUGUGUUUGCAGCGUGGAGAUUGUAAAAACUGAAUUGUGAAGUCACGCCUGUGGCUUUUAAAGAAGUGUUUAGUCUCACCAUCUCCCCUCACAAUUUGUACCGAGACAAAUACGACCUAUGAGCAGUAAACGGAACUUUGUAUUGUCCCCUUUUGUUUUUCUUUUUGGUCAUGUUUUUAAUCUGUCCAGUGUCAGUGUAUCACGGUGUACAGACAAAGGAAUAAAAUGUCGAGUAUUUUGUCAGUUGUAUAAUACUGGAAGUUAAGCAUUUGAAUGCGCUAAUUAAGAAUGCGUCACCGACCUGUGAAACGGUUGCUUCGUGGUUGCUGAUUGUCGAGGGCUACCAGUUGUAUAAAUGCGCUUUUCUUGAAUUAAAUUUGCUCAAUUUA